GUUGUACUUCGUUAAUUUUGCGAGAUACAUUUUACCUUUCCUACGGCUUUCUUGAUACAACAUUGUGGCGUCGCGGAGGCAAAAAUGAACCUUUCCAUCCAACCCCCAUCUCCAUUUUGGACUGACUGCGGCAGCAGACCGACAUCGGAUGCCUGGUUCCGUUGGAAAACAUCCUUCCUAAACUACUUGGAUUUAAUCAGCGAUCUCCCUACUGCUCUUACUGAGGAUAAAAGAUUGAAGCUGCUUCGUCAUUUACUCGGAGAUGAGGGACAGCGACAAUUCGAUGAUUUGGGUCUCCAAGGAUGCAAAUCGGUUAUGGACGCCUUCAAUGCUCUCGAUCGUGCAUGGAGUUACCAAAUGAACGUGUUUACCGCGCGAUAUAUUUUCUCCCGAAUACACCAAGAAGCAGGCGAACCCUUGAAUGAUUUCAUUGCUCGGCUGAGUCGUGCAGUACGACCGUGUGCCUACUCGUCUAUUCCACAGAAAAAGAUUGAAGGCUGUAUGCUCACUCAGCAACUGAUCACUGGAAUCGCUGACAAUCGCAUACGUGAGGGGCUAUUGCAGGAAGACGCUUGCACACUAACGUGGGAUCGAGCUUGCGAAUUAGCCCGAGUAAAGACAGAAAUUUCAUUGCAAUCGAAGCAGUUUUGUUCCACCAGCUUAGCUGAUGUGGCGAGAGUACAAUCUUUCCGGCAACGUCCGACAGACAAAAUUUCUUGCUAUCGUUGUGGGAGCACGUCUCACAAAGCUAAUUUUGCCGGUUGUCCCGCACGCAGCCUCAAAUGUAAAAACUGUGGUAAAAUUGGUCACUAUGCCCGCUGUUGUCGAUCGCAGGCUGUCGCACUCAUUAAAGAUGAUGAUACACCGGAAUGCCAUGUUACCGCUCCAACUCAAGACAAUAUCUAUUCAAUCACCGCUGACUCCAUACCUUCAGGUUGUGUAACCAUAUCCGUUGUUGAACCGAAGUUUCCAGCUGCUGACAUUCGUACUGUAUUGUUCCUUACUGUUAAAGGUGCUGUUCCAUUGGAAAUGGAACUUGAUUCUGCUUCUCCAGUUACUAUCGUGCCUUUCCAAUUUUAUGAACGCUACCUAUCACAGCAUACUUUACAUCCCACCUCACAUUCAUUCUGGAGUUAUAGUGGGAACACACUAACCAUAUUAGGAUUUAUUAUCGUGCCUUUGCAGUUGCAUUCUGUGAUUGCCGAUGUCGCAGUGUAUAUUUCUUCGGACAACAGACGACCCUUGCUUGGGAGGAAUGCUAUGGUGGCUUUGCACAUUGUACCAUCAUUCGACCGCAUGCUUAUCUCUUCCGUCAACGUAGCACACUGGCAGGAACAUUAUCCGCAGCUCUUCCAGAAGUCCAUCGGCCGUAUUUCAUGUGGUGUGCAUCGAAUUCAGCUGAAACCGAAUGCGAAACCGAUCGCCAUUGGUCAACCUCGACCCAUUCCGCUAGCGAAACGUGAAGCGGUCUCUGCAGCCCUGCAAGCGAUGCUAGCAAAUGAUUUGAUUGAACCCAUCGAUUGCUCUGAGUGGGUGCAUCCAAUGGUUUGUGUCAUGAAAAAAGACGGUACUGUCCGGAUAUGCAACGAUUUGCAGGCGCUGAACAAACAGAUCGUCGUAGAACGCUUUGUUUUACCAUCUAAUGAUGAACUCACUGUACGUUUAGCUGGUGCAACUGUUUUUUCCAAGCUAGAUUUGAAAAGUGCGUUUUUCCAUAUGCCAUUGGCCGAUGAUUCCAAACACCUAACUGCCUUCCUCGCUCCUGAUGGCCUAUUUCAGUACAAAGUCUUACCCAUGGGUUUGAGUUCCGCGCCCGCCGCCUGGCAAAAGUUCAUGACUCACGCCCUGGCAGGUAUCGAUGGGCAGGUUGCCUACAUGGAUGAUAUUUGUGUUUUCGGCCGGUCACAGGAAGAACAUGAUGCAAGGUUACACAAAGUCCUCCAGCGCCUCAGUGAUCUCAAUUUGCGUCUGAACGCAGGAAAAUGUCUCUUCAAUGCGCCAGAAAUUCAGUUUUUGGGACACGUCAUUUCACGCAGUGGCAUUCGACCAAGUGAUGAAAAUAUCAGGGCCAUCUCUGAAGCGCCAACACCCAAAAAUUUGACAGAACUAAAGUCCUUUUUAGGAAUGUGCUCUUACAACCUGCGCUAUCUGCCGGAUUUUGCGACUGUGGCAGAUCCAUUACGACAGUUAACAAAGAAAGGAUCGUCGUUCGUUUGGGGCAGCAAUCAUCAAAAUGCCUUUGAUGAACUGAAAAGGAGAGUUGCGUCUGCUCCCUUAGUUGCCAUUUUUGAUGAAUCUUGCCGCACCUUUGUGUCCACUGACGCGUCUGAUGUCGGUCUCGGAGCUGUCCUCUCACAAAUACAAAACGGAGAGGAGAAAGUUAUUGCCUACGCAUCACGAAAGCUAUCAGAUUCCGAACGUCAUUAUUCAGUUGGGGAAAAAGAAGCUCUUGCAUGUGUGUGGGCCUGUGAAAAGUGGCAUUUAUUUCUGUUCGGUCGUCAUUUUAUUCUGCGUACUGAUCAUUCAGCCCUAACAGCUCUUCUCAGCAAUGGAUCUAAAGGAUCUCGCCCAAUGCGAAUCGAUCGCUGGUAUGCCAGACUCCUUAACUACGAUUUUGAAAUUGUGUACCGGCCAGGUUUGCAAAAUCAGAUUGCUGACGGCCUAUCUCGCUUACCCGUGGGGUUGGAGGAUGAAAAAGAGAGACUCAGAGAGGCGGUACUAAUUUCCAGUCUCGGAGCUAACCUGUCUGCCUUGACGAUCGAGGAACUACGAAGGGAAAAUUCUAACGAUUCUUUACUGCAAGAGAUUAUUGAAUAUGUGCAGCAGGGCUGGCCCAAGAAUAACAAAAUCCCCGGUGAGUUCAUUCCGUAUUAUGCAAUUCGACAUGAACUAUCAGUGGUAGAUGGUUGCUUGAUGCGCGGUUCGGUGUUUGUAGCUCCGUCCCAGUUGAUAGCCAAGAUAAUAGCUUGCGCACAUGAGGGACAUCCAGGUAUAGUUCGGACCAAAAAUCGAGUAAGACUCUAUUUCUGGUGGCCACGAAUGGCAUCUAGCAUUGAGACAUUUGUGGUCAAUUGCAAUGCUUGCCGAUUAGCGGACAAAAGUUCUUGGCCCGUUAAAGCCCCGACACAGCCAAUUGCUUACCCGAUGAAACCAUGGACCAAAAUCGCCAUUGAUAUUAUGGGCCCUUUCGCUACUGCUCCUACGAAUAAGCGAAAUCUACUUGUUGCUACAUGUUUUUACAGUAGAUGGCCUGAAGUACACAUGUGCGACCAAGUUACUACUUCGGUUGUGUUACGUUGGCUUAAACACUUGUUCAGCCGUUUCGGUUUACCGCAUGAAAUAGUAACGGAUAACGGGCCACAAUUUUGUAGCCGCGAAUUCGCAGAUUUUCUACAUUGCCAUAACAUUAAGCACUCCAGAACUGCGCCCUACAAUCCUGCAGCCAACGGCAUGGUCGAACGUUUAAACCGGUCUUUAAAAGAAUCUAUACAAGCCAUACACAUAGGAGGUUCGGACUGGGAGGAUGCAGUUUUAACUGCUGUUUUUUCCUACAGGACAUGUGACCACAGAGCCACAGGAAGAACGCCAGCGGAGCUGAUGCUAGGAAGGCCCUUACGCACAAAGUUAAAUGCUGCACAUAACGUUUUAUCAGCGAGAGAUGCCGAAGUUUCAAAUCGCAUAGCAUCUUACCAAAAUUCCUAUGCUAAAUUAUCAACACCGAUGCAGCCCGGGACAUACGUUCGCGUCAAAAGCAGAGCAACAAAGAAAGGCACACCUUCGCUUUCCGCUCCACUGCGCAUCGACCGUACGCUUGGCCCGGGCACCUAUCGAUUGGAGAACGGCCUAAUUGUCAACGCGCGUCGACUCCACACAGCUCACGGACCAGCUAAUCAGCCCGAUCGAUCCGCGCGCGAAUACCCGGCUGAGUUACCAUUACCACGAAGCCAGCUGCGCCGGUCCGCGAGAACGGUGAAACCUAUUGAUCGCUACGAACCCGGUUGAGGCAGCUUUUCGGAGGGGGAACGAUAAUGUGGUAAUCAUGUCAGCAACAUCGAUUGGCUCGAUCUCAUUGGUUGGCUUGCUGACUCAUUACUAUUGGUUGUGUGCGUCUGUCGCUUGACUCUCCGUUUAACAAGUGAUUGACUCAGUUGUACUUCGUUAAUUUUGCGAGAUACAUUUUACCUUUCCU